GCAAAAUUAGAUUUUUAUUCAUUUUGAAGACGUUUACAAACAAAUAAAGAAACUGUGAAAACUAUUGAGUGAAGUGAAUAGAUAUUUGCGGCAAAAAAGUGUGAAAACCAUUUAAUUUGGCUAAAGUUGUGGUCUUAAAAAAUGGGCAACGGUUGUUCGAAAUGUUGUCAAUGCAACGAACACAAGCAAUAUCACGGCACACUUUCAUCGGCCUCGUCCGUUUAUAGAAGAAGGAGCCGUGGAGAAUUGCCAAUUGCGAAUUCCGACCGCUUGCGAAUAACACAGACCAGCACCGCUGUACAAUUGGCUGUGGAGCACGUGCAACGGGAGGACGCCGGUCAUUAUACAUUGAUAGCACGAACGAAAGGUAAUGAUGUAAUUCGCAAAGAUGUGGAGCUCAUUGUCGAGGACAGAUCGACGGGUGAGGAUCCACCCGUAUUUCUACGACGACUGGUUGAUCUGUCGGUGAAAGUGGGAACUCGCACUCGAUUGUUAGUCGAGAUACGUAGUUCCACUGAUGUUAAGCUCACUUGGUACCGAAAUGAUCGACGAAUAUGUGAAAACGAUCGAAUAAAUGAAGUAAACGAGGGCAACUUCCACUAUUUGGAAGUGAGUCCUGUUAUAUUGGAAGAUGGCGGACAGUGGAUGGUGUUAGCUGAAAACUCGGGUGGCCGCAAUUCAUGCAUUGCACAUCUGAAUGUACUUGUGCCCAAAGCUUACAAGGCACCCGAGUUCAUUGAGGAACUACGUGCUGUGCUCACCCAACAAGGCACGGUUUCGCUCGAAUGCAAGGUGAUUGGUGUACCCACACCGCAGUUGCGUUGGUUUAAGGAUUCCAAAGAAAUCAAGGCUGGUGAUGUAUUCGCGCUGACCGCCAAUCUGGAUGACCCCACUUCACUGGGCACAUAUACUUGCGAGGCUGUCAACUGUAUGGGCAAAUCAUAUUCCAGUUCGAAGGUGCAUGUAGUCGGACGUGGCAGUAGGGAGGGAUCGCUCAAACCAGCUGACAGCAUCCCCAACAAUACACCUCCGCCGAUAUUUACGAAUGAGUUGCGCGACAUGAGUGUUCGCAUCGGGGAGCCAAUAAUUCUGGGAUGCCAAGUUGUGGUGCCACCGUGGCCCAAAACAGUGGUAUGGUAUAACAAGAAUGGUCGUAUCGAGUCUGGCGAAAGAUACAAAUUAAUCGAAGACGGAUUAGGAGUCUAUAUGAUCGAAAUCAAACCCUCUGAGAGUUGUGACGAAGGUGAAUGGAAAUGUGUAGUCACAAGCUAUGAAGGUUGUAUGGGCAUUUCAACAUGUAACGUCACAAUGGACAUUCCGAAAAAUUAUCGGAAACCACGUUUCAUGGAGAGUUUGCGUGCUGUACUUACCGAAGAAGGCCUGGUUUCAUUCGAAUGCAAAGUAGUGGGCUUCGCCACGCCCAUACUCAAAUGGUUUAAGGAUGGUAGAGAACUGAAGCCCGGUGACGUUUAUCAACUAACUGGUACCAACUCGCUCGGUACUUACUGCUGUGUGGCUAAAAACUGUAUGGGUGAGAGCAGCAGUGUUGCUGUACUCACCGUUGAGGAUAUACAAAACCAACUUAACGACGAGGAACGGCUGCUGUUUGCAAACCAAAAUCAGCCACCGAAAUUUGUUGUUGGCCUGAAGAGCCAAGAAGCUAAGAUCAAUGAAAGUUUCCAGUUUACAGUAAAUGUUAAGGCUACACCAGAUCCAGUACUAUCAUGGUUCCGCGAUGAACUGCCGAUCGAGAAUAGCGAACGGUAUAAUCAUUAUCGUGGUGAACACGAAAAUUGGCACUUAGACAUAAGAUCUGUAGAAUUUGUCGAUCAAGCGGAAUGGAAGUGUGUUGCUGUGAAUGACUUUGGCACUAGUUUAACAUCUAGUUACUUAAAACUACAGAUACCGCGUCAUUACAAGAAACCACGUUUUCUGGAAUGCCUUAGAGCAGUGCUCACGGAGGAAGGCGCUGUCAAUUUGGAGUGCAAAGUAAUUGGAGUGCCACAGCCAGUGCUAAAGUGGUACAAGGAUGGUGUUGAGCUAAAACCUGGAGAUAUACAUCGUAUUAUAUCUGGACAAGACGGAACUUGUUGUUUAGGAACGUACACCUGUGAGGCAAGAAACUGUAUGGGCAUUGUGGCAAGUUCAGCGUCAUUGCUUGGCUUCGAGGAGGCCUAUAAAACUCAAAAGGAAGAGAAAGCUCAAGAAAACGAGUUGCAGCGUAACUUCUCUUUAUCCACUAUACAAGAAGAGCAUACGUCUCAACUGUAUGAAACUCCUGUUGGUGACAUAACAAUUGACUCAAAGGGUGAGGUAUCUUUUUCAUUUGAUGGUAAAGAGGUUUCGGUGUCUCUGUAUGAGACACCCGAUUUAACUGAAGAGGAAGCAUUAAAGAUUGUUGAAAUGUAUGCCGAUCAAAUCUCAGAGCAUGUUACCGAACACAAUGUAGUGGAAUUGCCACCGUUGCGUUUUGUCAAAGAGACUUCGCAGUCGGGUAAACUUCUAAUGGAGGCUGUGGUCAUUGAUAUUUCACCAGAAUACUUUUCCCAUGAGGAGGAUAUGCGCACCGAGGCAGGUUUGGAUGAUAUUUCCAUAACGGAGAUAACAGUGCAUGGAUCUUCCGGACAUGAGGAUGAAGUCGAUCGUGAGGCUGAAAAAUAUACCCAACGCAGUUUCGAGAAAAUGGAGGAAGAACUCUCUCUGACUGCACCCAUACGCAAACGUAAGAAAUCACGACCCACAGAAACCACAGAAGAAUUUUACAGUUUGUCCAAAGCAUCUGAUAGCCAAGCUGGCGAUGAAGACACUUCUGAUUUGCAAACGUUUGCUAGCGCCACACAAAUGUCAUCACGCGUCGAUUCCGCUAUGGGACCUGAUGCCGCGCAGGUCGAGGAAAAUAUACAACCACCAAAACGUAAAAAGGGCAAGAAACAAACUGACAGUGAUUCAUCAAAAACAAACGAAGAUGAUGCAAAAAUGCAAGACAUCUCCGGGGCAGUUGGCGAUGGUUUGAUCACUCUAAAACCAGUAAAAAUCAUUUCCAGUGCAGAGGAGAUUGAACAAAAUUUAAGUGCUCUUUUGCCACUGGCCAAACUUUUGAAAACAAUUGAGCAUCACUUGACCGUGGUUGAGAAUGAAGUCGUCGAGCAGGCGACCAUGAUGAUGACUCCAGCUUCUGCUGAGCAGAGUAUCGCUAUUAUUCGCAAUAUUGUUGAUCCAAUAAAACAAGUUCAAAGCAAAUUAAGAGUAUAUUCCGGAGAAACCGCACUUGAUGCGCUCUUUCAAACGAUGGAAGAGGAUAUACGAAAGCUGCAUAGAAGUCUUCAAGUAAUUGAGAAGUGCGUCGAAAUUGAUGAAACUGGUGUCACACUUAUACAACGCACCAGCGUCUGCAUCAUAGACAGCGUAGGCGAUCAGCUAAUUAAGGCUUUGCGGGAAGUGCAGAACAUAGCCAAGUGCUUCGAAUCAACUAGUUUACGUGCACAUAUUGAUUUAACGGCAGAUGACAUUAAACAGGGUCUCGAAAUAACACAAGGCACUAUUAAGUCACAAGCUCUACUACAAGAAGCGCAGGAAUUGAGUCUCUUUGCGACUAUUUCGGACGCGAAAUUGCCCAACGAGGCUGAUGCAUUGAAGCUCAUUUGUCUACCCGUUGUAAAUUUACAAGCCGCUUUAGAAAAAAUGGAGAAUGAGUUGAUGAGUCUUGAAAGAGAACGAGGAACAAAUUUACAGAAAGGUGCUGUAAAAGGUGUUGGAAAAUAUCGUAGAACCAAUCAAAAGGAACUACAAUCGGUAUUGGAGACAAUAGGCUUGGAGGUUAUACUAAGUCAGUCGUCUGACAAUGUGCAAGCUGGUAUGUUGACUGUUAGCACUGUGGAAUCAAUGGUACCGCCACUGCAGGAAAUACAAAAUGGGUUAGCACAGCUUACUCAGGAUGUGGAACGUGGUCAUUUCAAUGAAGAAGCAGCGCUCGACUCAGCGGACACUCAAAAGCUCCUUCAAACUAUUGCGCAGUCGGUACUGCACUUUGAGACGAAUAUCGAGAGACUUUCAGCACGUUUGUCCCCUAAUGUACAAAAGGGCUUGUUUAGUUUGAAGGAAGAAAUGUCUUCGUUAAUUGGCAAUGUACUCGACGAUAAUAUUACCAAAUACCAUGUGACGCUCUUAGAAAACUUGAAGCGUCCAAUUGACGAGCUUAAUUACUGCAUACGUCAAAUUGAAAGCAAAUCAAUUUCGGGCUCGUUAACUGACUUUAUUGAUCCUUUGCACAGUUUAAGUGAUCGUGUCAAUUUGGGUAAAGAGAUUAUGCAUAUGUCAGGGACGAAGCAGAAUGUUAAAAAUGUAGAUGUCCUGGAGAAAAUGCAGCAAUUAAUUAGAAAUGUGGAAAUUGAUAUUGAAGAACACGAGUUCAAAACGCUGCAACACGAAGUAGAGCUUGACGAGAAACUUGCAGCUGAGCAAGAAAAAUCGUUCAUCUACAUGCGUGAAGCAAUGGAAAUGAAAAUAGCUCAAGACGAAGCAGGACAAAACAUACAAGAGCUUCUACACACACUUACAGAGAUCGAAGCGACACCGGGCUUAGACACUCAAACCCAAAAGGUUUUAUCUCAAUUAGAUCAAAGCCUCACUGGCUUAGUGGCAGAUGUGGAGGUAUUGAAGGAGUCACAGAGCACAAGGGAAGAAAAUGAAGCUGCCACAAAAGUUCUGACUGAUAUUGCUAAACCGCUGCAGACGGUUGCUGAGGUAUUACGCAAUUCACUUACACCAGAGAAAGUACCAAAAAUCCAAUCGGUACCACAAAGUGAAAGUCUGAGCGCAGUUUUGCAAGAAAUAAAAGACGUCGUUGAGAAUAUACCAGACCUAAAUGAGCACCACAUUAAAUUAAAAGCACUGCCAAUUGUACAGUCCGUGAUUGAAAUGGUGCCUGUUCUUCAGUCUAUUACUAAUUUACCACGAGCAAUAACUGCAGUCACCCAAACAGCAGUCGGUGAGAAGAAGAAAGCAGAACCAGAUGUUGAUAAUAAUGCUGCAAAGAAACCUAAAUUAGACACAAAAACCGAAAUAGACAAAGAAAAAAUAACGGCUCCACCAAAAGUUGAACCAGUAGCAAAGAUUGAGGAUGAAGGCUCGACGCUAGAAGACAUAUCCGCUAUGAAAUCUGUCGCUGAAUCUUUGCCAGCAGACAGUCAGGACUCUGCUGCGGGAGAGGGAACCGAUCACCUUAAAGCGUUCGAGGCGAAUAAGACCAAAGUAAACACAUUAUUGUCUCAACUCAAAAAUAGCAUUGCAUCAGUAUUAGCGCACUGCGCCGAAGUAGACGUUGCCUCCUUGCAACUAGAAUCUGCGCAAAAGGUUAAAGCAUGUUUGUCAAAAUUAGAAGACGUCAAUGAAUGUAUUGCAGAUGUACAUCAACCCAUCAUUGUGGAAACUUUGCACACACACGCUGACAUUAGUAAUCGUAAAACUUUCGCCGAAGCUGUGUGCCAUUUGGAAACAUGUGUGGUGCAAGUCGAGGAGUGUCUUGCCCAACAUGAUUUGCAAGAGCUUAGUGAAAACUCUGUCUCUGAUUUGAAAACAUUGGCUCUACCCUUACAAGAUCUUAAAGAGUGUAUAAAAGUAUUUCAUAAUGAAGAAUUGGAGCAAGUGAUUAGUUUGCCAACAGCGAGCUUAUCGAUGACAAGUGCUCAGGUUUUACAAGACAUAUGUCCCUUUGUGCUUUCUAUAAAAGAGAGUAAUGCACUUGAGACUCUACAGUCAUUGGCUGCAGAUGAGUCUUUAGCACAGUUGCAACAGUUUAUACAACCCAUACAAGAAUUGGAAAAUGCAGUGCUUUCGACAAUUCAUCAAGUGCAUUUGUCUCAAAUAGAAGAUUUCCCAUCUGAGGUGAGUAUUGCAGUACUGGAGAAGUGCGCCAAGCCUAUUUUGGAUAUCAGGGAAGCCUUACUGCAUGUACAAGCUGAAACCCCACAAUCCCCAAUCGAAGAAUGUCCAGCAUUGGAUGUGGUUAGACAAAAAGCCGAUGCCAUAUAUAACCUCCUAGAAUACUGUGAACGUGCUAGUCUUAAUGCAUUGGAAAAUAUAACUGAUAUGUCCACACAGGCCGACGUCUCCGCAUUGAAGUCUUGUGCAGAGCUGAAGUCUGUUGAGAUCGGAUUGGAACAAGCAGCGAAAGUUGCAGAAGAAAGUGUAAAGUAUCUGGACGUCAAGGAAUGUAUUGCGGGUGGCAUCAAACAGAUCCAAGUUUGCUUGACUUCGACUGACACAAAUAAAGAGCCCGAAUUGCAAGAUAUUGGUGAAGUUAUGAAGGAACUUAAAAAUGAAUUGGAAAAUAUGCAAAAUGAGUUGUCCAAACCAACAACACAGCAAAAUACCGUUAAAGUCAAUCAAAGAGUGGCUAAAACUAUGUUUAAACUAAAGGAAUGCCUGGUGCAUACCUAUGAAACGGAUGUAGGAAAGUCUUUGGACGAGAUUGAAAAAACGUUCGAAGAUAUCUUACAAGCACUGCCGACUUUGGAAAUACAUCUGGCACAAGAGAUGUUUACAAAAAUUGAUACAUCUCUGUGCGCAUUUAAAACCACAUGCUUACGCCCAGAUGCUCCAACUGAUUUACAAAAGUUAGUGGACCCUAUUAAUAAUAUUUUGAAGACUGUAAAAUCAAUAAGUGAGUUGAAAUCUAUUGAUAUCGAGAAAUCCUCAUUGAUUGUGGCCCAUCUGCAAACGCAUUUAAUGUCAGCAUUUAGAGUGCUAAACGAAGUCGGUGACUCAUUAAGCGGGCAAGAGCGUGAAGCUGCUUUAAGGGCACAAGACGCUGUGCUUGCCACACAUGAAUUCAUAGUGGACGCCAGUGAACAACUUCGCACAAUUGAGCUCCUUCAGGAAAUCGACAGUUUGACGCCGAAUCUUAGUUCUAUUUACGACAGUAUUGCAUUAGCUAAAGAGCAGAAAAACAAACAAGAGCUACUUGAAGCACUCACUCAACGCGUUUCAUCAGGGAAAGCCUUUCUACAAAGCAUUGAGGAAGGCUUAAAUGCCAAUAAUCCACUCUAUUAUAAAUUAGCGGAGGACAAUGAAAUGGACAUACGCAGUGUAGAAGCAGCUCUUUUGCGUAUAGAAAACGAAAUUAUACCAAAGAUGGAGUUACAAAUUCCAACCCCGGAGGAUAGCGCGCUAGUCGACGUCCUCGGAGUGCAUCUGAAAUCUCUUCAAGACAGUUUCGCUAAACUCAAGACUUUACCUAUUGUUUCGCAGGAUAUUCAUGGCGAUGAUAAACAAAAGAUAUUAUCCGAAACGUCUCUUAUAUCGAAAACACUUUCUGAGGAAGAAAAGCUAUAUGCUGAAUUGCAGCAACGCGAAAGUUCAUUACCCGCGGAUGAGGAUGUUUCCACUUUGGAAGACGUUUCGGCAAUCGAGUCAUUACUUGGCUCUCCGUUGCGCUCUCACGAUGAGCAUAUUCCAUCAUCGUCAGCUGAUGUAGGUAAGGUCGAUGUCUUGUUGUCACAACUCAAAAGUAAUAUCGUCUCAGUGUUAAAAUAUGGCUCCGAGGUUCAGGUUGACUUCCAAGAACUGGAAUCUACAGAACAGGUUAAGGCAAGUUUAUUGAAAUUGGAAAAAAUUCAUGAAUGUUUUGCUGAUGUUGGUCACCCUUCUGUCAUUGAGCCACCUCUCCUAUCCUUCUCCGAAGCUAGUGAUUGCAAAACGUUUGCAGAUGCUGUGUGUAAUUUGGAAGCAUGUGUAGUGCAAGUCGAAGAAUGUAUUGCUCAGAGUUAUCUGCAAGAUUUGAGCGAAACUGAAAUAUCCGAUCUAAAAACUUUGGCGCAACCUCUGCACGAUGUUCGUGAAUGCAUUAAAAUUUUCCAAAAUGAGGAGCUAGAGCAAGUUUUAAGUUUGCCAACAAUAAGCAUGCCAUUAACCAGCGCUCAAGUCUUGCAGGAUAUUCAACCGUUUGUCUUAUCCAUCAAAGAGAGUCAUGCACUGGAGACACUGCAGUCUUUAGCAGAGGACGAGUCACUCGUACAACUUAAACAGUUUAUCCAGCCCAUACAAGAGUUGCAAAAUCUGUCAUUAUUCAAUGUGGAGCAGGUGCAAUUGUCUCAAGCGGAUAGCAUUUCUAAACAGGAAAACGUCGAAAUGUUGAAAAGAUUCGCAAAACCUGUUUUGGAUAUAAGAGAAGCUUUACUACAAAUUCAAGAGGAAACACCACUAUCAACGCUAGAAGAAUGCGUGCCUUUAAAAGUAGUGAGAGAAAAGAUCGACGUCGUAUACCAUCUUUUGCAAUAUUGUGAGCAGGUCGACAUGAGUGGAGUGGAGAACGUUGUGGAUAUGUCCACACAAGCUGACAUCUCCGCACUAAAGUCUUGCAUUGAGCCACAAUCUGCAGAAGCGAAACUUGAGCUGCCAGCUGUAGUUGCACAAGAAAACGUGAAGUUUCUCGAUGUUAAAGAAAGCAUUUCAAAUAGCAUUAAGCAACUCGAAGCUUGUGCAACUGAUAUGAAACAAGUCAAUGUUCCAGAACUGCGCGAAGUAUUCGCUGUGAUAAUGGAACUCGGAAAUGAACUAGAAAGCAUGCAAAACGAGCUCUCUACAGCAUCCGAGCAGCAACAUAUGGCGGAGAGUCAAGCAAAGGUCGCCAAAGUGAUGUUUAAAUUAAAAGACUGUCUUGUCCAUACCUAUGAAGCCGGAGUGGAACAAUCGCUAGAACAUAUUGAAACAGCUUUUGCCGAUUUGUUACAAACAAUGCCAAUCUUAGAAAUUCAACUGGCUCAAGAGAUGUGUACCAAAAUGGAGUCUGCCAUUUUGGAGUUUAGCUCAAUAUGUAACAAAUCAGAAAGUUUAGUAGAACUGCGUAAGCUAAUCGAGCCUCUCGAGCUGGUUUUAAAUAGCACCAAGGCUAUUAAUAAACUCCAGUUGAUAGAGGUCGAGAAGUCUACAAUGGUUGUGGCUAAUUUACAAUCACAUUUGAUGGCAGUCUUUAGAGCAGUUGAUCAGAUUAAUGAAAAAAUAGAGCUUGACGAAUGUAAAAGUAUUCUUAAACUGCAAAAUUCUGUUAUUUCUAUCACGGAAUUUAUCAGUACGAGCGAAAACACAUUGAGAGUAAUAGAACUCAUUCAGGAACUCGACUCUCUUAUGCCGCAACUAAACUCCGUAGUCAACGAAAUUAAUGCAGAAAAAAGCGAUAAAGGAAAGCAAGCCUUUUUAGAAGCACUUACUUUGAGCUUAACUUCGGGAAAGGCUUUUAUAGCAAGCGUUGACGUAGGAUUAAAAUCUAAAAAUCCUGUAUUCGUGAGACUGUCCGCAGAAAAUAGUUUGGACAUUCAAAAAGUGCGUGAUGCAUUAGUCCGCAUGGAAACUGAAAUUCUUCCAAAAAUGCAUUCCAAAAAUCCGUCAGCAGAAGAGGGUGCAUUGGUCGAUACCCUUCGACUUCACUUGAAAAACUUACAAGCUAAACUGGUUGUUAUAAAUAAUGAAACUGUUUCUUUACAAAGCGAGGUAAAGGAAUCUACAGAGGUUAUUGACGACGAGAUGAAAGAGGCCGUUAUUGAUGGUUUGGAAAGCAAGAAGUAUAAGCAACAAGAAGCAGUAAUCGCAGAACAGACUCAAACCGUAGUAAUAGAAGCUGAAGAGAAAAUUAUACCCAAACAAUCGACCCAAAGCUCUGAAUCGGCAGUUAUUAGUUCGGAGCAAGCACCACAAGAAACUGAAACUGCUACAGCAACUAUCACUAAGAAGAACGAACAAUUAGAUUCAGAGAAACCUUCUCUACCAACUGAACCAUACUUACAAAAAACUGAGGAACUCAUUGAUGUCACAAUUGAGCUCACAAGGAAUUUGAAUACACAACAGUUGAGCAAAGCUACAACAGAAGUUUUCAGGUCUGUUGAAAUAACUUUAAGUGAGAUGAAGAAUUUGAUACAAACACAUCCGUCAAGUGCAAUCGAAGACCACCUUUUCCUUCCACUAUUCAAGUUGAAAGAUUUGAUUGCGUUUGUUAAGAAAUCACCUAUAGAUGAUAUUACGAAGAGCAUGGAGAUGCGUCAAGUCAUACAGAAUUCCAAUAAAGUCUUGCUAGAAAUAUUAAACGGGCAUCAAGGACUCCGAAGCGCAAUGAUUUCUGACAUUACUGAGGCUACUCUACCAUAUAUCGGUAGUAUUAUAUCUUUCAUAGCACAAGUAUUUCCUAAUGACAAAGAGUUAUGUGCGACUUCUAGUGCGCUCCAGCGAAUUUCUUCUGAAGUUGCUGUUAUUAAGAAGCAAAAUGCACCAAAUAUGGAUACUGGCUCGCGAUCUUAUCAAAAUCUUAAAUCGGCUAUAUUCGAUUUCCGAAACUCAUUUGAAUCUGUAUUCACCAAAACACAAAAUCCACCACUAUUAGAACAAAGAGAAGGCUUAGAUCGUCUAUGCAAAGCUAUAGACGAAGGCCUCAUUACUGAUGCUGUAGAGAUUCUGCAGGAGCUUGAGAUGAAGAAAGAGUUGUUUGUUUUAUUGUUGGAAGGGUUAAAACACAUAUCUCAAGAAUCGGCCACUUGUACUCUUGCAGACUUAAGAAAAGAAGAUGAACCAAAGCGUGACGAAGAUUCUGUAGUACAAGAAAUUAAAAAUGUCCUAGCGGUUCUUGGCGAAAAUGAAAAAUGGAAAGACACCGAAGAUGAAAUUAAAGAGGCACUACAAAACCCAACUGAUGAACGUUUUUCAAAACUUAUAUUUAAAAUGAGGGAGCACAUUGUCCACACUUAUGAGGGCGGUCCGCUUUCGUCGAACGAAAUCGAAAAACAGUUAGAAGAGAUCAUUGAUAAAUUGCUUGCUAAUAAUCCUGAAGCCACGCGAAAAUUGACUGAAGAAUAUUAUGCAAACAUAAAAGAUAAUAAAAAACAUAUAUGUGAGAAUAUUACUAAAAUUGAGAAUCUCGAGUUACGAAAUAAAUUACAAACAGCGGAUUAUCUUCCGUCAAAACAAAAGGAAGCAGGGAGCCCUGUUUCAAAAAUCGAAGAUGUUGAAGUACAGGAGGUUUCCCCAGAUGAGAAUGAGAAAAUAAUGCAAGAGCCUUGUGCAGUCAAAUCACUUAAAUCUGAAAUCGUAGCAUUAGUUAUAGACUCUUCCGAAGCCUCUGAACUUGUGAGAUCCAUAGUUUUAGAGGCUGAAGCACCACAAACAGAGAUAGCUUCUAAAGAGCCUGAGGUGACCGAAUUGACUGGGACUGCAGAGUCUAUUAAACCAGAAGUAGAAGUGGAAACAAAUGCUCCUGCACUAAUUACUCCUGAAAAGCCUAUAUAUACAAUAGUGAAAGCUGAGGAGCCUCGGCAAGAGAUAGCUUCUAAGGAGUCUGAGGCGACUGAACUGACUGAAACUGCAAAAUCUAUUAAACAAAAAGCAGAAGUGGGUCCUGUACCACUAGCUCCAGAUGAACUUGCACUUACAGUUAUUGAAGCUGAGGCAUCUUCUAAGGAGCCUAAAGCGAUGGAACUGAAUGAACCCUCCGCAUCUGUUAAACUAGAAGAAGUAGUUGAACAAGCUCCACAAUCUGUCGAACCUGAAGCAGAAGUGGAAGCUAAGGCUCCUGCAUCACCAUUGCUUGCUCAGCUGUAUGCAAACAGGUGGCAGCAACACCGUCAGCUGUUGAAAUGA